UUGCUCGCACCAGAUAAUGCUGUGUUUGCAGCAAUUUGAAAAUUUCCACGUCCCCUUCCUGUUUCUUGGAGUCGAAUGUAAAUUUUAAUACGUAUGAUAAUAUAUAUCACAAGAAAAAUUCGAUUAAAUAAAACUUAUAUGGAAAUGUAGCUUGUAACGUGAUGUGUUAUAGGUAUCGAAUUUAUAAUGUGUGCUUAUGUACUAUGCAUACAUUAUUAAAAGAGACAUUUCUUUUGUAUUCAUAUCAAUGUUAUUCCAUGCUUUAUCAUUUGAAUAUAUUGUAUUGCAUUUUGGAAAUGUACUUUCCACUUAAUGGGCACAUGAAUAUUUUUCUAGGGUAUAUAGCCGUAGGUUUAGUUUCUGCGUACUCCACCGAUCACAAAUUAUGUGCAUAUUUGUGGCAAAUGAUAUAAAGUCAUAUCUUUGCCAUUUACUACGUUUAUGAUAAAGCUAUUUCUUAGAAAUGGUUAGAAAAUAAUACAGUGACUGUCGAAGUAUAAUAAUUAUGAUAAGUAUGCUGACACAGAUAAUCACUACAUUUCUUUUGGCAAACAUAUGUUCAUAUUUUGUAGGAAAUUAACGUUGUGUAAAUGCAUUUUGGUAUUGUGGUUAAAUAACAUUGUUUUUCAAUUUCUACGAUGGGGUUGCAAACUUACAAAAAAUAUAUAUACUAUUUGAAAUCGACUGGAAUUUGUAUCGUUGUGAUGGGGAGUUGUUGGCUUAUGUACCAAUUGCGACAAAUGUCACAAAUUUUAGGAUCUACUGUACCCACUAAUGUUUUGAACUUGGAACAAACACGCGCACAAUAUAUUUAUAUUGACGAUCCACGGUUUAAAGAUGUACUUAUGUUUCGAAAGACUAAAAAUUUGCAAUCGUCCGUACCAAAUCAAACAUUUUCUAUUAGUCAUAUCAUAUUGAAAUGGUGGAAAUCAUUGAGUCGUAAUGUAGCAUAUAAAUUAUUACAUUUAGCUCAACAUGGAGAUCAAACCGAACAAUUAAAGGCAUUAUACAUGUUAAAUUCCUUACAAUAUUUAAGAGAUUGGCACUAUCAACACAUUGCACAGAUGUUAGAUGCUAAAACAGCAAUAUGCUUGGCAAGAAUGCCAAAUGCUGAUAAAAGAUUUUUCUUGAAGCCACCAUAUUAUCAUAUACAACACAAAUUAUAUGAUACAAUAGAACAGGUACAUAAAUUGCUUCUUCAUUUGAACACGUUAUCACAAAACACUCAUCCAUGUCUUAUUCACUUCUUGAAUAAAAAAUUUAGAGAUUCACAACGUGAUGGUUUGAUAUUCGAACACGAUUUAACAAGCUUAGGAAUGGCUGCUUCUCCGGCUGUAAUAUGGGAUCAAGAAUUGUUACAGAGUUGUGUUCAAGCAUUGUGUCAUCAUUCUUGCCAUGAACAGUAUAGUAGAGAUAUUGUGGAUGCAGGAGGACUUUCAGUGUUGAUGAUACUGAAGAAAAUUUUUAAUAACAAUAUUAAUAUAUGUGUAUUACUCGCAAAAACAAUUUCUAACAUUUCCCUUCAUUCAGAAUAUUUAGAACAGAUUUUCCAAGCAGGAUGGAUCGGUACAUUAGUGGAAUGGUCUCACAAUCCUGAUAUACGGUUAUCAGUACCUGCUAGUCGCGCAUUAGCAAAUUUAGAUGUAAAUGAAAGUGAACAUGUUAAAUAUCCGAGACGUAUUUAUCUUCUUCACCCUUUACAUAAAAGUAAAACAAAUACAAAGUUGGAUGUUGUGUUCCUUCAUGGACUUCUUGGUGGUAUAUUUAUAACAUGGAGACAAAGAGACGAUAGUCCUGCAUAUGCAGUUGUAGAUCCCUAUAUGGCGAAUAAUGGAACUGAUGAAGUGUCAACCAUGAUAGGCGAACAAUCACAAGAUUUUUUAAGAGACUUAGCUUAUGAUUUGAGAAAACGUGAAUGGGAUAAACUAGGACAAGAUUUUGAAAUAAUCUUAGAUGAUUUCCCUCAAAAUAUUAAUGAAAAUACAUGUGGACCAUAUUUCUGUAGCGAGAAUAGUGUGUCUAUGAAAAAAUGUGAACGUGAUAGGAGGUAUAGAACACAGUGUUGGCCUAAAGAUUGGUUACCUGAGGAUGUUCCAUAUAUCAGAGUUAUUGGAGUAAAUUAUGAUUCAAAUUUAUCAAUGUGGACUCCGUUGUGUCCAAUAGAUGGCAUGAAAACCACUUUGAGUGAAAGGAGUGGGGAGUACCUUGAAAAACUACUAACUGCAGGUAUAGGAAUACGACCAACGAUAUGGGUAUGUCACUCAAUGGGUGGUUUACUAGUAAAAAAGAUGCUUGUUGAUGAAUGGAAAAAUGGCGAUAAAAAAAAUAUAUGUAAAAAUACUCGCGGCAUAAUAUUUUAUAGUACGCCCCAUCGAGGUUCUCGUGUGGCAGUUUUGAAGCAUACAACACAAAUGUUGUUGUGGCCAUCAGUCGAAGUACAGGAACUUCGUGAAGAAUCACCACAUUUAUUAAAAUUACACGAGGAAUUUCUGGAUAUGUUGAAACAAUUUCGUAUAGAAAUUAUUAGUUUUAGUGAAACUAAAUCUACACUUGUAACUGCGCUAAAAGUUCCAUUUCAGUUCGUUAGUCCUAAGUCAGCAGAUCCUGGCAUAGGUGAAUUUUAUGAAAUUGCUCAAGACCAUUUAUCGAUAUGUAAACCAGCUAGCAGACAUUCCUUCUUAUACCAAAAACUUUUGAGCAUACUAAAACGCCAUGUAACUCCUCAUGAGAAUGAAAAACUUUCUCCAAUUAUGGAAUUUUUGUGUUUGCCAAGUAAAUUAUUUUGAUUCAGUAAAUAUUUUUAGAUUUUCUACAUAAUUAAGUGCAUACAAUGUUGUAUCUAAUAUUUUGUUACCAGACUCUCUAUUUUUAUAUAAUUAUUUCAAAAGUACACCAAAUGACAAAAACGAAAACAAAUAAGCACAAGAAAUUCAGAUUUUUCUAAAAUUAUAAUAAGAAUAAACCAAUUAGAGUAAACAUGUUUAUAUUACAAAUACAUAAAAUUCAUUUAAGUACUGUUACAUGCCCCCGAUCAUUUAUUAUUUCUUUUUUUUUGACAAAAAUAAAUAAUAAAAUUCUUGUAAUAAAAUCAGUAAAAAAAAUGAUUGUAUCAUAUACUAACUAUUUUCAGAUACAAAGCAUAGGA